AUGUCUAGUACUGCAGUUCCACCAGGCGGGCAGCGGACGCUGCAGAAGAGAAGAGCCGCACAGUCUGCGAAGGAGAAGCAGCAGAAGCAGACGCCGACGUCGACGCGGCAAGCGGGCUUCGGCGGCUCCUCGAACAGCAUUCUGAAGCUGUACACCGAUGAGGCGAACGGGCUCCGGGUAGAUCCGCUAGUGGUGCUCUUCUUGGCUGUGGGUUUUAUCUUCUCGGUGAUCGCGCUGCAUGUGAUUGCCAAGGUGUCGGGGAAGCUCUUCUAG